CUCCCCUCCCUCUCUCCCUCCCUCCCUCCCUCCCCUCAGUGACUUGUCGGGAGAUGUGCCGCAACAUGUCGAUUGUCAUUCUGUGGAAAUCAAAGGUGUUGAUAUUGAUCCUGGUUCUCACCAGCUUUGCGGUUCAGUUGCUGAUCGCCCUACUCGUCUUGAGGGACCUGAGAUUGCCACAGAGCGGCUGCGGAGGGCUCGGGUAUGUCCAGCCGAUCCCAGUUCCAGAGGCUCGAGCCAGGGAGGCACUGGCGGGUAAAUCCCCGACCAACAGGGAGCUCCAGAGCUUUGCCAGCAAGUCGUUGUCCAGUCAUGCUUCACAGCUCCUGGAUAGAGCCAGUGAUGCCAGCCGACCUCUCCAGGUACCAGCUUCAGAUGCCAGGCGUACCAGGCUCUAUGAGGACCUCUCUCGCGAGCCCCAGAGAGCGGCUCCCACCUACAAGGGAUCCAAGCUUGCAGCCCUGUUUGAACAUCCGCUCUACAACCUGCCCGGUCCCACCCUGUCCACAGACGACAAACUCUUGACUGUCAACAUGAGGGAAAGGUUCAGGCCCAAGAGCAGCGACGAUGAGGACUGGGUCAGUAUGGAGGAGCUGGAGUAUGUGUUACUGGCGGGUGACAGUCCGGCUGACACUUAUCCCAACUGGAUGAAGUUCCACAUGGGGAUCAACCGCUAUGAGCUGUACUCGCGCCACAAUCCCCACAUCGAGACCUUACUGCAGGAACUCGGGACCAUGAAGAUCGUCAGGGUUGCUCAGAAGCACGGUGGGACGCAGCUGAAACUGGUGAUGACGCUCGAGAACUAUGGCAAAGUCCUGUUUAAACCAAUGAAGCAGACCCGGGAACAGGAAACGUCUGGCGAUCUCUUCUACUUCUCUGAUUUUGAGCGUCAUACGGCUGAGAUUGCUGCCUUUCACCUGGACAGGAUCCUGGACUUCCGGCGUAUUCCACCGGUGGCAGGCCGCCUUGUCAACAUGGUGAAGGAGAUCCGAGAGAUCACCAGCGAUCGCAAGCUGGAGAAAACCUUCUUCAUCUCGCCCGCAAAGAACGUGUGCUUCUACGGCGACUGUUCCUAUUACUGCAGUAUGGAGCACGCGCUGUGCGGGAAGCCCAAUGCACUAGAGGGCUCGAUGGCUGCCUACCUGCCCGACAUCAAGCUCUCCAAGAGACUGACCUGGAGGAACCCCUGGAGACGCUCCUAUCAUGAGAGGAAGAAGGCCAAGUGGGAGAUAAAUCCAGAUUACUGCGCUCAUGUCAAAAAGACGCCUCCGUAUGACAAAGGGACUCGGCUGCUCGAGGUCAUAGACAUGACCAUCCUGGACUUCCUGAUGGGGAACAUGGACCGACAUCACUAUGAGACCUUCCAGAAGUUUGAGAACGAAACCUUCCUCAUUCACCUGGACAAUGGCAGAGGGUUUGGGAGGCACUCGUAUGAUGAAUUAUCCAUCCUGGCUCCUCUCCAGCAGUGUUGCAGGAUAAAAAGGAGUACGUACUCCCGACUCCAGCUGCUGGCCACAGAGAGAUACCGGCUCAGUGAUGUGAUGCGUGAGUCCCUGAGCAGAGACAGGAUGGAUCCCAUUCUCAUCGAGCCCCACCUACUGGCUCUGGAUCGCAGGCUACAGAUUGUCCUCAAGACCACCCAGGACUGCAUCGAACGUCUGGGAGUGGGCAGUGUGGUGGAGGAUGACCUUGGAGACCAUGUUGGGGCACAUCCUGCGAAGCGUUUUGAGACGUCUCAACGACCAUGAAAAGGCACUGUAUCAAACGCGAGGAUUGUUCUUUUAUUGUUCUCUGUUUACUUGAUGUCUUGCGCCAGAAACAAAACCCUGCCAAAAAAGAGGAUGCGGAGCAAAGCAAACGGAUGCCCAACUCGCUCAGCGGUCAGUGAAAUUGUCUCGUUUCCCCACAACAUAUCUAUCCCCACGAGACAGGCCAGGUGGAAAAGUCACUCCUUAUCUCACUGAACAAUUUACUGCAAGAGAAUAAGCAUUCCUAACGUCAGGAACCAGUGAUUAGUCACCGGGAGAGAGAAACCCUGUGUUCUCCAUUUCAUGAGUCAUGUUUCUUCCAAAACAUUCGAUCAGAUCUUGUGAAACCACAGAGCCCUUUCACCCCCAUCUUAGUUAACGGCAAGACUAACUCUCCAGAAUUAGCUCCUGAGAGUGAGACACAGAGCAAGAGAGGAGUUUCCAGCUCCUGACUGCCAGACACCGAGACAUAUCAGUGACUGUGACUUCCGUACAAUAAAGGCCAUUGUAACUUA